AUGGACCCUCCCGACUAUAGUAGGUGUGUGCUGAGAAUCCCUCAACCCACCUCCACCCCAGAAACGAACAGCGCUGACCCGACCAAUCGUCUCCCCAACUACAGCAUCAUCCACUCGCCUUCAUUUACCUUUCUAGUCGGCCCACGACACACGAAGCUAACGAUCCAAUCGGCGCUAGCCCAACAUGUCUCGAAACCACUGCAUAAUCUCAUGAACAAUGGGCAUACCAGGGAAUCUAGACACCGGAUAGCCGUCCUGGAGGAAGAGGAUGUUGAGACCUUUGUCGCUUUCUGCGAAUAUGCUUAUACGGGGGACUACAAGGUACCGCAGGCGCCGGUGCCGAGAGAGCACCGCGUCAGCGUCGCUGAGAGCGUGCAUAGUCCCGUCAACUCGUGGAGAGGCACGUAUCGCUCCAGCUCAAUGUCGUCCGCUGUACCGCCGCCUGCCCCGUCGCCACCGCCUGAGUUUGUUAAUAAUAGUCAGCCAAGGGCCGAGACUGAAGUCGCACCUCAACCUCAACCUCAACCUCAACCUCAACCAGAGCCAGAGUCAGUGAUUGCAGAUGGCUCUGCUGCCGAGGUUACCGCAGAGGCUCCUCCUGAAGCUGAAGCCGAAGUAGAAACUGGAGCUGGAGCCGAAGGCGAAGCUGAGACUGGGGUAGUGGAGGAAGACAAGACGCCCGUGGAAUCUGUGGAGGAACCCACGGAAAAUAAGGACGAUCAACUCGACAAGACUCAGCAGGAUGAGGCCGAGGCUGGCUUGUCUCCUCUCCCAGAAGCGGAUGAGCAGGCAGAAUCUGAGCCUGCGAAGGAGACCGACGACUUGACAUCCUGGCCUACGGAGGACAACACGCCAGAGGAUAACGGUGAAGCAAAGGGAAAGAAAGGAAAGAAGAAGGACAAAAAGAAGAAGAAGAGCCAACCCCCAGCGCAAGAAGAUGUUCCCGCAAACCUGACACCACCCACCACACCUCCGACAAAUCCAGUGGAUAUGCAUGAGUUGUCACUCGACAAAGCAACAGAGGAGCCCGCGGAGCCCGUCAACCCCGUCGAGCCCAUCGAACCCGAACCUGUUGCCGAACAGCCAACCGAAAUUACAUCAUCAUCGGAGGAAACUGCAGAAACUUCUCCUGCAGAAGCCUCUCCUGCAGAACCAGAGCAUGCAGAGCACAAGCCUCCUGCUGAACAAGAUCUAGAACCGGUGCCCGAGACUGCAACACAAUCCGCAACACCCCCACAGGAAGAAUGGGAGGCCUCCAAUGGCGAUGAGCAACAAGCCAACGAGGGCUGGGCCUCGCUCAGAGAAGAAGAUCAAACCCAACCCGCUACCAACGAGCCAAUUGAUCCGCCAAAGCCAGUGAUCGACAUGUCCUUUGCCAAGCAGCCAGACGCAACACCUCGGACACCAGGCAUGAGUCUAUGGGACGAAUUCGCAACAUUGCGAUACAACGACGAGCACCAAGUCACCCUGAACGUGAAUGUGAACGUGAACGUAAACAGCAAUGACAAUUACAACCCCACCGACCUCCCAUACCUAACCUUCCACGCGAAAGUCUACGUCUUCGCCACGCGCUACCUAAUCCCCGCUCUAGCGCAGCUUUGCCUGCGGAAACUGCACCGCGACCUGGUGCACCUCACCUUUGCAGACGCAGACGUGAUGGAUCCGUACCAGUGCCAGUACCAGCAGUAUCAGCCGUACCCGGAUCGCGCAGUUCUCGGCGGCUUGGCUGCGCGGCAGGCGCCGGUGGUGCUGGACUUGAUCCGGUACACUUAUACCAAGACGACUCGUCUCGAGCCGAUAUCACCGACCUCGGCGACGCAGCUUCGGGAGAACGAGCUGCGGCGAUUGGUCGUGCAUUAUGCGGCCUGCAAGGUCAAGGUACUGGCGCGAUAUCAUUCACCCGGUGAUAGUGAGGUGGCCACGCCUUCGUUGCGACCGGUUGAUGUGCGAGUGGAGCGGGGUGAUGAGGGUGCGCCGAAGAGUCUGCGGUCGUUGCUGGAUAUGACGCCGGAGCUGGCCUCUGAUCUUGUCUAUCGCAUGAUGUGA